GGUCAUCAUGUAAUACAAUAAUACUUAAAUAUGAAAUAGAGUGCUUAUACAAGUGUCAUUCUCAUAUAUUAAUGAUAAGUGAUCACCACUUUAAAUUAAAUUUGCGAAAGUAUUGCGACCCUCCUUCAUCUCACAAAAGGGAUUUUCACCUGAAUAUUACUAAGCUAAAUAUAAUUUUAAAAAAUGUGAUCAUAUUACAUCUGGACAAAAGAGUGCCUACAAUAGUUACAUAUGUGGAAAAAUAUAAAAUGACUGCCCAAAUAUUUAUGUCACCACUCUAUUUUCAAGCCACUGUCGUAAGCCACUGCCGCCAACGCUCGUGUGACUUUCAGCGCCAAUGCCCGUGUCACUACAAACGCUCGUGUGACUUUCAGCGCCAAUGCCCGUGUCACUACAAUCGCCAUUGCUUGUGUCAUUGCCACCGCCGUCUGCCACCGCCGCUGUCAUAGUGACACCUCCGCAGUGACAUCCCUCUCCCAACCUCUAGCCACAAUGACAUCUCUGCCACCGGCCAUCGCGGCCGACCACAAUCACAUGUCAGCUGUGACAACUCCACCAUGACACACAAGUAUUCGAGCCACAGUUAUUCCGGCCACCACCAUUGUUGCUUCACCCCAUACACCGCACUUCAACCGCGCAACCCAUCCUAACGCCCAACACCGGAAAACCCCAGCCACAGGCCCACAGCCCCUGCCACCUCUAGCCACGCCCCCCGAUCUGCCCCCAACCACCUCCAAGCUUCUCUGACUCCAUAACCAUAACUAUUGCCCAAGUCACCAGAGACCUCUCCAGCGCGUGGGAGGCCUCCCAGCCUCAGCCCCGACGUAGCCCCCCAGCCACUACAUGCAACAACGGUUCCAUUGAAGACAGAUCUGGGCCAAAAACAACAAUCCAACAGAGAGGGCAGAUGUGACGCAGACAGACGAGCCAGUCCCAUUCUAACCCUCCCCCAGCCCCUCCAUCUCGCUCGAAUUCACUCAGAUUUGCCCGUUACCGUCGGAUUCGCCCCAGAUCCGCUCCCUCCGCACUCAGUUGUUGGGAAUCAGCGUUAUCCGCGCAGCCAGACAGAAAGGUGCCGGGAGAGAAAAAGGGGUUAAUCGGAUAGCGGUGCGACUGUGAGGUCCUGUGGUGGUGGCCGUGAUGUACUUCGAUGAUUGCAGGCGUAGGGGAGAUGUUCAGAGGCGAGUGACGACAACUGUGAGGCGUCGAGGAAGGAAGCCCCACUAAUCAGAGAUCUGGAAGUGAGCUUCAAAGCCGCAAUUUUGCAUUUUUUCCCCAUCGACUAGAUCUAAACUCAAAAGGGCAGAUUCAGCACAAACUCCCGAGAAGUUAAACCUCGACUGUAAAAAUCAUGGUUUCCAAGGGACUUAUUUUCUUCGUCAUUGUGGCCACACUCUCCUUCAAUCUCAGGGUUGAUGCUGAUCCAUCAGUCCCCAAAUCCCCUUUCUCCAUUGCUCUCGACACCCUUCAAGAUCAACUGAACUAUACAUUUCAGAAUGUUGGAUUGCUUCGACGUGCUAUGACACACUCAUCAUACUCAGAGGAGAACAACAAAGCUUUGAGUAUCUUGGGGGAGGGAGUAAUCGAGACUUCAGUCUCAAUGCAAAUGCUGGUAAAAAACAUCGAUAUCUCGUCCAAGGAUCUGAACCAGGAUAUUUCUGAAGUGUCAAAGGUUGAGACUUCAUGUGCAGUGGAUGGAAAGAGCUUAGGUUUGCAGAACAUAGUUCGGGUUUCGUCCAAAACAAAUUCCACAACACCGUCUGUCGUCUGUGGUGCUUUCCGUGCACUUUUUGGGGCAGUGGCUUUGGACACUGGCAGUGCAGACAGUGCGGGGAAGUUGUUUUUGAAAGUUCAUUUUGAAGAUGCUGGGAAAGGUCAGAUUGGGCAUGUAAGGAAUACACUUACCAUGAUGAGUUAAAUGUCUUUAUGUGGUAGGCACUAUUUUCUUUUGUUUGAAAGUUUGAAGUAGUUUUAUGUAUGUUAAUGUGAAGCAAGAUGGAUUAGACACUGAUUAGGCUUAGCAUAUGCGCUCAGCACUUUAAUUGUUGUGUAGUAAACUGCUUAACCUGUGGCAUUCCCUUAGAUUGCGUGUUUAUAUUGUCUUUAUGUUCAGUGGCGGAGCCAGAAAAACGGGUCAGGGGGGUCGAAAAUCA